UUUUUUUUUUUUUUUUGGUUUGUGGUAGAUUGUAGGAGUUUAUUUGGAUUAAAUUAUAAUUCUAGUUAAUUUUUGUGCCUUAGGUAGCUACUAAAUUGUUGUAGUUCUUGGUAAUUAUUCUAAGAGCAACAUAUUUGAGGUGGCUUUUGAAUCUGUGCCCUAGCUAAUUUUAUAUUGGUACUACUACAUGAGAGUACUUUUUUGUGAUGAUGCAAUCGAGUACAAAUGAGGUGUCUUGAUGUGGCCUACAUUCAUGCUUUGUCGAGGUGUUAGUGGUUGCCUGAUAGCUGCUUGUUACUGAAAGGGAAAAUUGGGAAAACUCUAUACAAAUGGGUUGACAAGUUACCAGACAUAUGAUGGUUUGCAUUAAUGUUGAAAGGAUUUUUGCGUUAGUUUGUUUACUCUGUCAAUGUUUAUUUUGGUAGGAUCUAUUUAUUAUCCAUUUUCUAUUAGUUCGUGCAGUAUGAAUAAGCCUACAUAACUCAGCUAGAUGCUUGCAAAGGAAAAUAUGUCAGGGAAGACAUUUGGCCAGAAACAAAACUUUUCUUUCUCAAAAUUUGCAUGUCUGUUUGAGUUGGGAGGGACUGCCACACAUCGUCACCCCACAAAUGAAUUGAAUGGCCUGAAUGACUGGCGCAAUGGUCCUAGAAUCAGCUGCUUUCGUGAUUUGGUUAGAAAGAGGAUUGCUGGAAUUUGUGAAUUGGAAGCAAAUUAUCAAUGGAAAGAGCUAGGAUCCAAUUUUGUUAACCUCUUAGAAAACCAACUAUUCAUGGAAGCUGCUUCAGAGGAGGAGUAUAUGAAUCAGGAUGUGCUGAGAUGGCGGUUGCAGGACUUAAUCCAAAGGGUGAUGGUUGGCUUAAACUGCAGUCCUGAAUUGCCCAGCUACACUGCUCCAUGCAAAGUGAUGCCAACCUUGGGUUUGGCUCAUGGUUACAAUUCAGAUGCAGCAGAUUCUCCUUCUAAUCACUUAAACCAAAACAUUUGUGGAUCUAACUCAAUGGUGGCUGGCAGAAAUCAACUUCGCUUUCUAAAAGAAUUACUUGAUAAUAAGGAUUCACACAUGAGGCAGAUUUCUAAUGACAUGCUCCUUUCUCCUGAAAUGAGCUCUGUCAUUACUACAUUUUCUGAAAGGGGUUCUACCAUUACCGCAAGUUCCAAUGGAGAUGGCUUUUCCGAGGUUGAAGCUUUUAAUGGUGGACCAUUCUUUACCAAGCAAGACUAUCAACAUAGUUUUGAGGUUGCAUCCAAGGAUAGCUGUCAACAACAAUAUCUUGCUCAGGGUGUUGCAAACAAUGAGAACCUUCCUGCCAGAGAUUUUGUAUCUACUUUUAGAGAAGGCUCAGAGUUCACUGAUUCAGUUUUGCAUAUCCCAGAACAUGCUUCUCAAGUAAUUUCAGAAGACUCUAUGUUCUCUAGCAUGGGCUUCAGCAGAAUGAAUCCUGAAGCACAGAUUCUGGAACAGAAACAGUGGCAACCUUAUUUGUCUCAUGAGCAAUUUAAUAAGCCUUUUCAUCUGGAUGAACCAAUGUAUUACCUUGCUCAACAAGGUGAAUUUAGCAGUCCAAUUGCUGGACAAGCAGUUUCUAUGCAUUCUCAGCUCCCUUCAGAACAACUUCAUGGCAUUCAUGUUGCUUCAGAAAGUUUUUCACUUCUUUCCAAUUCAAAGGAAAUUGCUGGUCCUAAACAUGAUUCUUUUGAAUGCAAGAUCUUACAUGCAUAUUCUAGCCACAAGAAUUCAGCUAUGCCCACAGGGGAUUGCCUAGUUUCUUUUGUUAAUUAUUUGCAUUCAACAUUUUGUAAAGAUCGAAGUUGCAAGUGCAGACAUUUCUGCGCACUUCUAUCACAUUUUGACAAAUGUUGCUAUGCUAAUUGUGAUAUCUGUGGUCCUCUUCGAGAUCAUCCUUUAACCCACAAUCAUCACCAAAAUGGUAGCUUUUUGGGGGAUUCCAGCAAGACUAACACUGGUGGAUCUGGCUCUUGCUCCUCAGAAAACAUGCUGCCACCUACAAAACGAUUUAAGCCCAGCUCUUACUGUUCAGAGAAUUCGCUACCAUUUUCAGGUCAUCUGAAGGUGAAUAAGUCCUCUAGUCUGUUGUCAUCUGAUAAAAGAACUUCUGUUUUGGCCCCGUUGACUGUUCAACCCUCUGAUCCUGAAGGUCUUCUGCCCUUGCUGCAAUGGCCAGAAUCUCCUGUGUCUAUUAAUUCUGAAGUUUUGGAGGGGAACACUGAAUUUUCUACAAGGCCCAUGCAAAGUCCUUCAAGGUUUUAUCAGAAAGGAAAUAGUGCUGGGGAACAAUUUUUGAGUCCUAAUGCUGAGAGCUUGUGCAGGCCUUCUAAAGAACUGAUUGUUGCUCCUAAGUCAGAGGAGAUAGACUCUAGAAGUUUUGGAGGAACUGUCGAUUCUGUAAGAGAUAAGGCUGACCAGUUAAGGGUUAAUUCCAUGCCUGCUCUCUUUGAAGAGCCUGGUACCUCUUCUAAAGAGGAGGUGAUACAGAUUGCAUCUAAUUGUGACCUUGCCAAGCCAGAUUUAGAGGCUGAAAUGAAUGAAGAGAUGAAGGCGGAGAAUCCAAAGACAAGAGGUGUGUCCUUGAUUGAAUUUUUCUCUGCAGAUGAAAUAAAGGACCACAUAUCAAGCCUUCGGCAGUGGAUUGGCCAGAGAAUAUCAAAGGAAGAAAAGGAAGAACAAGAAAUUCAUUGUGCCAAUGAGAAUACAUGCCAGUUGUGUGCAGCAGAUAAGCUUUUACUAGCCCCAGUUCCAAUAUAUUGCUCAUCUUGUGGUUCUCGCAUCAAACGCAGUGUGAUUUAUUAUAACGCCUCAGAGGAAAAUGGUACGAGGCAUUCUUUCUGUACUUUAUGUUAUAAGGCUCGAGGUGCGAGUAUCACAUUCUAUGGGAUAACUAUCCCCAAGGCAAAGCUGGAUAAGAAGAAGAAUGAUGAGGAAAUUGAAGAACCAUGGGUCCAGUGUGACAAAUGUAAAAGCUGGCAACAUCAGAUAUGUGCUCUCUUCAAUGAUAAAAGAGAUAUGGAAGGGGAAUCUGAGUACAUAUGUCCCAAAUGCUGCUUAGAAGAGAUUAGAAGGUGGGGACAUAUGCCAUUGCCAAAAUCUACUGUUCUUGGCGCAAAAGAUUUGCCAAGCACUUUGCUUAGUGACUUCAUAGAGCAAAGACUCUUUAGACGUCUUCAGCAAGAGAAAGAAGAUAAAGCAAAGGUUAUUGGAAAAAACAUUGAUGAGGUUCCUGGAGCUGAAAACCUUGUUGUCAGGGUGGUGUUAUCUGUUAAGAAACAGUUGAAAGUGAAGAAGCAGUUCUUAGAAAUUUUUCGAGAUGGCAAUUACCCUGAUGAAUUUUCAUAUAGCUCAAAGGUGAUUCUUUUGUUCCAGAAGAUUGAAGGAGUAGAUGUAUGCCUUUUUGGCAUGUAUGUGCAGGAGUUUGGAUCAGAGUGCAGUCAGCCGAAUCACCGCUGUGUUUAUAUCUCUUAUCUGGACUCGGUCAAAUACUUUAGGCCUGAAAGACAAACUGCAACUGGAGAAGCUCUUCGUACUUUUGUUUACCAUGAAAUCUUGAUAGGAUAUCUUGAAUACUGUAAGAAACAAGGUUUUGCGGCAUGCUAUUUAUGGGCCUGCCCACCUCUAAAGGGAGAAGAUUAUAUCUUAUAUAGCCAUCCAGCAAUUCAGAAGACACCAAAAUCUGACAAGUUGCGGCAAUGGUACAAUUCAAUGCUAAGAAAAGCAGCCAAAGAAAAUGUCGUGGUCAACGUCACUAACUUAUAUGACCAUCUCUUUGUUCCUAGUGGACAAUUUCACUCCAAGGUAACGGCAGCUCGCUUGCCAUAUUUUGAUGGUGACUAUUGGUCUGGUGCUGCUGAGACUAUCAUCAAUAACAUUGAGCAGCAAAAUGGAAAAUCUUCAGGGAGGAAGAUUAAGAAAUCAAUGACAAAAAGAACUCUUAAAGCCAUGGGCCAUACAAAUCCUUCUGAUGAUAUCACCAAAGAAGUUCUACUGAUGCAAAAACUAGGGCAAACUAUCUUUCCUGUUAAGGAGGAUUUCUUUGUUCUCCAUUUGCAAUUUGUUUGCACAUCCUGCCACGAAGUGAUAUCAUAUGGGCAGCGAUGGUUUUGCAGUCAAUGCAAAAAUUUUCAGCUAUGUGAAAGAUGCCAUGAUCUGGAGCACAGCCUCAAUGGAGGGGACACACACGCUAUAAGUAGCAAAGAAAAACAUCUACUCUCUAAGAUUAUGGUGGACGAUAUUCCAUCUGAUACCAAGGAUGAAGAUGUUAUUCUGGAUAGUUGGUUAUUUGAAAAUAGGCAUACCUUAUUAGGUUUCUGUCAGAAGAAUCACCAUCAGUUUGACACACUUCGACGAGCUAAGCAUUCUUCAAUGAUGAUCCUGCAUCAUCUUCAUAAUCCAAUAAUGUCCACUACUGCAACCACCUGCAACAUUUGUCAGCAGGAUAUCAAUGCCGAGGAUAGGAAUGUUUGUGCCACAUGCCGUAAUAAGAAAUUUGGUCUAUUUCGUAUUCAUAAGUUGGCUUAUCAGUCUUCUGCUGCUAAUUGUGAGACUGAGAAUAGAGAUGCAUGGCGGGGAUUACUCAAGCUAAAGGAACUGCUAUAUGUUCUACAACAUGCCUCGCAAUGUAGAACAACCAAUGGUGAACCCUGUUCUUACCCAAACUGCCUUCUGGUUAGAAGGUUGCUCUACCAUGCAUCUAAUUGCACCAUUCGGAUCAGAAGAGGUUGUCCGGGCUGCAUAAAGGCGUGGAAGAUACUUUGGAUUCAUGCAAAAUUUUGCAGGCAAGCAGAUUGCUGCGUGCCGCGCUGCAGAGAUUUGAAGAGUCAUAUGCAUGCACUGUAACCGGAGACUCUCUUGGAGGAUUAUUAGGAUCGCAAGCACCCAAAAUUUUCUCAGGGUAACUGAACAGUCCAAGUGUAUAGGAGAUAACCAACAUCACUAACCAAGUAUACAGCUUUUCGAGACCCAACUGUACAGUUCUUCGAGUUUUAAAGAAAUGUAAGGCAAAAAACCAAGUUUUGACGCCUAUUUAGUAAAGUAAAUUAGCUCAAGUUUUUCCCCUCUUGAAAGGUGGAAAUGGAGUGCCAUAAGAUAGGUAACUUUCUCUAGUUUUAGUUAGGUCUUAGGCUGAUACAACAUUUUGAGCGUCCAUAUCAUCAGAUCUUGUUUGCAAGUGUAUAGCUGGACUCAACUCAGUUAUUAAUUAGUAUCUUAUGUGUUGCUGCUGCGUA